GUGGGCCCCGCGGGGCAAAGUCUCAGGGUCCGAGACGCCGAAGUCCGGCGGGAUGGGCGCGCCGGGCCGGGCGCUGCUGUGGCUGCAGCUGUUGGCCCUGACUCGGGCCGCUGACAAAGUCUGGGUCCCCAACACCAACUUUGACGAUGCCACCAACUGGAGCCAGAACCGGACCCCAUGCGCAGGCGCUGCUGUUGAGUUCCCCGCGGACAAGACGGUGUCGGUCCUGGUGCGAGAAGGUCACAGCAUCUCAGACAUGUGUGAGUUCCAGGGUGGGGUCCUCACCCGGAGGCCACUGGACCUUGUGGCUCUUGCCGCUGGACGGGGAAUUCGUCCUGGCCUCGGGAGCUGGAUUCGGCGCAACGGACGCCGGCUCGCGCCCGGACUGUGGCACAGGCGCCCGCGCGCGCUUCCUCGACCCCGACCGCUUCCUGUGGCUCGACCCGCUCCUGUGGCGCCCCGGGGACGCGGCGCGCGGCCUCUUCUCCGUGGACGCCGAGCGCGUGCCCUGCCUCCACGACGACGUCGUCUUUCCGCCCGACGCCUCCUUCCGGGUGGGCCUGGGCCCGGGCGCCGGCACCGUGCGCGUCCGCAGCGUCCAGGCGCUGGGCCAGACGUUCGCGCGCGAGGAAGACCUGGCGGCUUUUCUGGCGUCCCGCGCGGGCCGGCUGCGCUUCCACGGGCCGGGCGCUCUGAGCGUGGACCCCGAGGCCUGCACGGACCCGUCGGGCUGCGUCUGCGGCAACGCCGAGGCGCAGCCGUGGAUCUGCGCCGCGCUGCUUCAACCCCUGGGUGGCGGCUGCCCCCAGGCCGCCUGCCUGGAGCCCCUCCGGCCCGAAGGGCAAUGCUGCGACCUCUGCGGAGCUGUCGUUUCGCUGACCCACGGCCCUGCCUUUGACCUGCAGCGGUACCGGGCGCGGCUGCUGCACGCCUUCCUGGCUCUGCCCCAGUACCAAGGGCUGCAAGUGGCCGUGUCCAAGGUCCCGCGUCCGCCCGGGCUCCGCAAAGCCUCAGGUGCGAAGGCGGACACGGAGAUCCAGGUGGUGCUGGUGGAGGCCGGGCCCGAGACCGGCGGCGCGGGGCGCCUGGCCCGGGCCCUCCUGGCGGACAUCGCGCAGCACGGUGGAGGAGGCGCGACGAGGCGGCCACCGCGCGGGCCGGGGCGCCGCUGGGCUUCCACAAUCCGGUGUUCUACGCGGCGGACUCCGCGGAGGCGCUCCCGACCCCGAAGUCGGACCAAAGGAGCUCCAGCCGCAGCUACUUCCUUAAUCCGCUGUUUGGCGAAGCGGAGGCCGAGGCCUGAGCGGCCGCGUGACCGGCCCGUCGCACCCCGACCCCAGCCCCAUCCAGGGGGCAUCGCGGGCCCCGCGGGAUCCCCCACCUUCUGCUGGCCUAGCCCAAUAAAGCGAAUUCUUGCACCUGAUGUCAGCGCGGACACCUCGCGCAUAUCGUACGCCCGUCUGCCCCUGCCUGGUCGGAGCUGUGAGGGCCAGGUCGGAUGGUGAAGGGUGGUCCUCAGAGCCCGUGCCCGCUGGCGCCUAGCCACCCAGGGCAGUCCUGGGUGCUGCCUGUAGGCUGGGGCGGCCCGAGGCUUCCGGCCUGAGAAGGCCCUCCCAGAGCCAGGACGGCUUACCGUGUUCCGGAGGAGCCCAGAAAGAAGCCCUUACUGGGGGAGGAGGGGUCGGGAGCUGCGCCGAAGACGGUGGCGGAGCCUGCUGCCAGCUGCUCAGGCCCGGGUUGCGUGGGCUGCGCCGGGGCCAGACAGUUGGGCCUGGAUUUCCGCGGGGCUAGGGUGCCCAGCGGGCUGGCCCAGCGGCACACUGGGUCUGUCCCCUCUGCAGGCAGGGGUUAGAGCUGCCCGCUCGCCGUGUUCGCGAGUGGCAGCACGCCAGCGUGUGUCCUGCCGGGAGGGGGCUCUUUGGUGUUGGAGGCCUUGAGGCCAGGACUGGCCCGCGCCCCCCUCCUGCGGGCGGCUGAGGUCCGCGGUGGGUGAGGGCUGAGCCGCUCUGGGUAGGACCCUGACUUGGUAGGUAAUGACGGGCCGGCAUUGGGAUGGUGAUGUGUGUAUGAGAGUGUACGGACAGCGUGACCAGCUUGAACUGUCGGGGAGACACCUUCGUGCCCAGCAUUGGGAACACCCGCCCCCAGGGUGACUGCCCGUGACCUUCUGACGGUGAAUUCACUCUUACGCUCCCAUUGAUCUGUGCUCCGCGGCCAGCACCUUGUGAAGCUCGCCCACAUCGUGGGCGGUGGUUACUCUUGGUGCUAUUACAAUAGCUAGUAUUUCAUUUAAAAACGGCUCACACUUGCGCACCUGUGUUUCAGGCCGGAAACAGGUGCUCCUGUGGGGCAGACGUCCGGGUGGGUGGGGCAGGGUGGGGGGCAAUACCCCACUGCCCACCACCUGCUCACUGUGGGCCUGCACUUGCAUUUUCUAGGCGCUGGACGUUGCCUCGGGGGCGUCUGCCUGUGCCUUGUGUAUGGAUAGGGAGAGGCGGUUCGCAGGGCUCCUGCUCCCCCUGGGGCAGUGGCGGGCCCACUGGCCGCGCUGACUGGUGGAGCUGCAGGGAGCCCGGGACGCUCCCCAGGAACUGCGUGCCAGCUCUCUGCAUCCUGCCCAUCCUCAGUGCCCCCUGCCCGCAUGUCACCAAGAGCUUACUGUGGGUCAAACUGUGUACCCAGCCCGCCAUAGGCUCCUGGGUCCCCAGAGCCCCUGAGUGCCAUGUACCCACCCAACCUCCCCGUGAGCGCCCCCUCCUGGGGAUGGUCGGCCAGUCCUGUUUUCUCUCUCUGAAGCCUAGCAGGGCCACUGGCCAGACAGCCCCUCCCUCCAGCCAGAAGCCCACCCCAAUGCAGGGCGUCCCUGGAGGCCCCCCGGGACCUGGGCAGGCGAGAGGUCCUGGCCUCCAGGUCCUGCCGUGUGGACUCCGCCCCCACCACUGCAAGGCAAGCUGGUUCUUCCAGCACAGGCGUGCCUUCCGGUGCUGGCGGCCCCAGGCAGCAGCUGACUGCAAGUGCAUUCAGACAAACCACCGAGAACUUUAAAACUGCCGUCUUCUGCUUUAUUGACAGGUAAAUUGUUCAAAAAUGUUCUCACGAUUCAAUAAUUACAAAGACUCAGACUUACAUUAAAAAAGUAAAAA